GAUCUAUAUAUCUCGAGACUCUCAGUUAGAUCAAUAUUUUUGUGUUGACGGUUACAGAAGUCAGAACAUUUCAACCAAAAGCUGAAAUAACGGGAAAAUGCGUUUACUAAAUACAUUGAUUCAGAGGUUUCAUAGUUGAGAUUUCAAGAAGUUAACCAUGUCAACGCCUUUAAUAGACCCUUCAGCUCACAGUAGUUCUGCUGGUACAUUUGAAAUAUCAGAAGGAGAUCCAAGUGCACAAGCUGACAAACCUGGUACAUGGUGGUUCCAGAAAUCAGAGCUGAAAGAGUACAGAAAUUCCCUCCUUGUGUCUUUCAUAUUGCUCAUAACAGGAUCAGCCCUUCUCCUGAUAGGAAUUGUACUUGAAAUAGGACAAAGACAACAUGCAGCUGGUAGUGUGUGCAUUGUCAUUGGAGUUCUCAUGUUCAUUCCAGGAUUGUACUACACCGGCUAUGCUUACUUUGCAACCAAGGGUUAUCAGGGAUUCAACCUGAGUAAUCUAAACUACUUCCGGCUCAGCAAAUGACGACAUGAUCAUCAGGAAGUUUAUUCCCAGUAUGCUAUGACAGGAAGAUAUUGAGGUAUAUCAUUUAGUACAAGAACAGGUCACCGGUCGUGUGUCAAGCGGUGCAUAACUUAUGGACAGCUUUGUGCAACAACACCCUGGGCCCCAUGCAUACCACGGUAACAAUGCUUAUUAUCAGCCAAUCAAAAUCAAGGAUUCCAUGAAGGUCACCAUUGGAUGGCAAAGUUACCAUAAUAGUAACUUCUAUGCAACUGGGCCCUGGUGUUUUGGGGAAAUGUCAGUAAUGUGACAGAAUUGUUAUUCUUCACUUUGUGUAUUCCUAUUCUUUGUCUUUCAACUAUGAUACUCUUGCAAUAUCAGAUAUAUAAUAAUUUUAAUAUAGUCUUUAUGAAUGCCAUAAUAUCUGUGGUAAAUUACCCAUGUAAUACUUACCAUAUUACAUGUUUGAUAUAGUUUUGUCGUUUUCAUACUUUACUGUAUUGUUGUUGAUAUAUUUUGCAAGCACGUAGCCCUAAUUAAGGAUGUUUCAAUGUUGGUUUCCAAAUUUAAACGGCAACAUGAAUCAUGAUUAAAAACGUGAUUAUAUUACGCGGAUAUAAUAAAAAACAAAGGGUGUUUUCGAUGUCGUCUAUUCCCGGUUGUAAAGUAAAUGUUUUUCAAAUCAUGAUUCGGAGGAAAAUUCAAACGUCAAAAAAGAUGCGUUUGUAAACGCGAUCAGCUCAGAUCUUACAUGGACCUUCAGCAUCGCAAAUGCGACAUUGAACACGUAUGAGUUUUGAAACGUCUUUAAAUUUGCUCUCACAGUGGGAACCUACACAAGCAGGUGCCAGAAUUGACCUUUCUUGUGAUGGGUCAAUCUGCGCACUAAAGCUGCGCUAAUAAAAGCGGGAAAUUUAAAGAUGGUUGACAAAUAAUCAGCUUUAUAUUUUCAACACUGAACAGUGCACCGCUGAUUGUUUUUGGGUCGUGUGUUGCUGUAUAAAUUUGAAAAUCGACAUUGAACACACCCUAAUAUAUCCUGAAUUCACCAUUACAAUGAUGAUGUUUUAUAGGCCUCUACCCAUGUAGUACACACGGUUGUAUCAAGCUGCAUUUGAAGGGCAGUAUUGGCCAUCUAAGGUCCUACAAAAUUCUGGAUUCAUGUUUAAGAUGUUACAGUACUUAUUUCAAUCAGGAUAGAUGAUUUUUUUUAUUACCUGUCUACACUUGAAGUGGUAAAAUCAUUUACCCACCCCCCUGCAUUUUCUUACAAACUAUGGAAAUGGCACCUGAUCAUACUUUUGUUUUGUUUUUGAGCAAGCAGAGUGUCACUAUAAACCUAUCUGACUGAAUGUAUAUUGUGUACCAUUCAAAUGUAACUGCAGUAUUCACCUUUUUUUAGGUUUAUACAAGGUGUUCAGUAGACUUUAAAAAAUAUUUUUCUGUAUUUUGUCUUUUCCUAUAAUAUUCAUAUAUUAUCUAUUGGGGGGGGGGGGGGGGGAUGGGAUGUGGGCAAUGCAUGCCCCCCUCUGAUCAUCAGGAAUAACAGUAGAGCUUACAGAAAGUGUGACAAUAAUCAAUUUGUGUGGUUUAUCUCAUUUUAUUUUUUUAUAUUAUGUUACUGUUAGCUGGAAUGGACCUUUCCUCUCAGUCGGUCGUACAUAUCAGAUGACUUUACAUUUUUUAAAAACCUUUCAUCAGCAUCAGUAACAAGACUGAUAUGUAAAUCUCACUUUUUAUUCUAAGAAAAGAGGACAAGGUGCAGCUGUAUCUCAUAGUAUUGAUUAUUUUUGCCAAACUUGUCGGAUGUUUUAUAAAGGUGUCCAUACGAUACGUAUGACUUUAUAAACAAUAGGAACAUAUCCCCUUGUUCUUAUGUGUUAAAUCAGGGUCCUGUAGCACAAAGGUUAGCAAUUAAUUGUACGCUUGAUUUUCACAAUUGAUUGUAGGCUACAUUGUAGUCAAUGCAAUCAAUCGUAGCAAAAUGUUCUCUGAUCAUUGCUAAGCUUUGUGUUAUGGGCCCCUGAUUCUCAAACAUUUUGUUUUCCCAUCAUUUCACAUUGAAAUCAAAUAAGCACCUAGUAUGAAUUUUGAUAUUUAUCAAAAUUUUAGAAGUACAGUCUUCUUUUGUGAAAAGACGAGGUUGAAAUUUGGGGUUUUCAUUUUCUAAUAGUAUAAGAACAAAUUCAAGCGCGAUAGCUCAUUCAGUAGUCUGAUAGAGCGGGGGUUUUGAAUUCCGGUGACGCGGGUUUGAUUUCCAAUUGUGCGUUGUUAGUGCCCUUUGGUAAGGCAUUUAAAUCCCCAUUACCAGGUCCCUCAGAGAGGACCUUAAGCAGUCAGUCCUCUGGUUGCUUGCUUGCUUAUAAUUAUAAGAAUUCAUGCUUUCUUAGCAAUCAGGUAAAAAAUCACAACCAUUAGUCGGGUAGAUAUGAUGACUUGUAAAGUUGUGUAUUAUAAUGUGGAGCGUUGUGGCCCAGUGGAUUAGUCUUCGGACUUUGAAACAGAGGGUCGUGGGUUUGAAUCCCAGCCAUGGCGUAAUUUCCUUCAGCAAGAAACUCAUCCACAAUGUGCUGCACUUAACCCAGGUGAGGUAAAUGGGUACCGGUAGGAAGUAAUUCCUUAAAAAGCUGUGUGCGCUAUUAACGCCUAGCUUAGCCGGGUAAUAUAGGAGCGCCUUGAGCACCUAACAAGGUGGAUAUGUGCGCAAUAUAAAUACCCUAUAUUAUUAUUAUUAUUAAUGGAGCAGCCCCAAUGCAUCAACAUUUGAUUCUGCAUGAAAAGAUCAUUUACGUAAUUACUGUUUGGGAAACUGAAAUUCUACCUUGAAAAUGUACUAUUUCUUGGACUUGUGUGUGUACUAGACGAUAUCCACUUUCAAUAUCCUUUGUGCAAAUUAAAAAUUUUCUUCCAAAGGCUAAGGACCUAUCCUAAGUCAGAUCAAGUAUUUAUUCAGAUGUAGAUUUGUAAAUAUAUUUUGGAAUGGUCAUUUUUCACAAUCAAUAGAAUACUUUAGUGCCAAAUUAUGUAUGUUUCUUCCACUCAAAAUGAGAAGGUGAACAAAAGUUAUAUUAGUAAAUAUUCUGUUUUAGGGUGAUUUAUCUAUUGGUACUUGUAUUAUACACCUUGUGGCGAAUAAAAUUAUGUAUACUUUAAAAGUC